GAGACUUACAGAGCUGACUUAUUCAUUGAUCUGGAGAAACACCAUAGGCCUGCAACAUUUAUGGACAAAAUGGCCUUUUGGACCGUCAAAGCUCUCAGAUGGCCUACUGAUAUAUUCUUUCAGAGGAGAUAUGGGUGCCGGGCUAUGAUGCUCGAAACAGUGGCAGCAGUGCCCGGAAUGGUGGGCGGCAUGCUGUUACACUGCAAGUCAUUGAGGAAAUUCGAACAUAGCGGUGGCUGGAUCAAGGUACUUAUGGAAGAAGCCGAGAACGAGAGAAUGCACCUCAUGACUUUCAUGGAGGUCGCGAAGCCCAAAUGGUAUGAGAGGGCUCUGAUUUUUGCAGUCCAAGGAGUAUUCUUCAAUAUAUACAUGUUGGGCUAUUUGAUUUCUCCGAAAUUCGCUCACCGCGUGGUAGGGUACCUCGAAGAAGAAGCCAUUCUUUCUUACACUGAAUUUCUCAAGGAAUUGGACAAAGGGAACAUUGAAAAUGUACCGGCUCCAGCAAUAGCGAUUGAGUACUGGCGCCUGCCUCCAGAAUCAACUCUUCGUGAUGUGGUGAUAGUGGUAAGAGCCGAUGAGGUCCACCACCGCGAUUUCAAUCACUUUGCAUCGGAUGUACAUUAGCAAGAGCGCGAACUGGGGGAGUAGGCAGCGCCGAUUGGGUUUUACUUAAAUGUUAAAAAAAAAUAA